UUCUAAAAGUCGGCCUCUAUACCCCGUAGACGCUGUGCAGAUUUACUGUUGGUUGUUUACUAUUCUAUAAAACAGAAUUGGGCCCAGUUGUUUGCUUUCAGAUUUUAGAAUAUAUAGCCAUGGAGGAUGGCGAGGGAAAAGGAGAAGCUGCACCUCAGCCUUCUCAAUCAGAAGCGGGUCCCGUAAGCGAGAAGGAAGCUAACAAGCCUGAUUCGCCAAAGCCAGACCAAGACAUUGGACCUCCGUUGAUCUCGGUUGCAAAACCUGAAAAGAAAGAAGAAAAAGAUGAAGUGGUUUCAAAGGAGAAGAAAAAGCCAACAGGAGGUGCGGGCCAACAUAGGCGAGGGCCCCCUGCCCCGUCGGUUACCAAGAAGAAUGUGGUAAUGUCAAGCGAAGCGAUGAAGGAGAUGGCCAAGCAAGCCAAAGCGAAUAGAGAUGAACGAAGGACAAUGAUGGAUGCUCGUCACCAGUAUCUCUUCUCAAAGCUUGCUGAGGCUACAAAUCUAGAAGUUACCCAGAUUGAAGAUUUUUUAUUAGGAGAUGAACGGUUUGAUUUGAUUGGUGAUUUCUUUGCUGCUGAUGGCUCUCGUAAACUCAUGUUCUUUCACCAAGAGGCAGGUGGUAGGGAGACACUGCACUCUCGUACAGCGGAUACUGCUAGCAUCGCAACCAUUCCACAACUGAAACGUGUGUUUAUUACCACUGGCACAUCGGAAGGAAUAAACGGAAUAUGUUAUUUCUUUCUGCGGACUACCAACAAAGCCAUCACCGUUGCCAAUAUCACGCAAGAGGUUACGUUUACCUUCAUUGAUUGUAAUGGAGGCAAAAUCCUUGAUGGUUUCAGUACUUUGUUUUCUAGAGUCCUUGUCCCGUGCUUGAAGAGCCAAGAGAGCUGGGGUGAGUUGACCAACAAUAGUCAGAUGUCUGAAUUUCUGGAGCAGUUGGAGCGUUUUGUUGGAAUGUUGUCAGGCGCUAAGGCCAACAUGGAUGGCCACAUCCAACUUGCUGAACACGAGUACCUAGAGUCAAUGCUGGACACUCUAAAAUCACCUGCUGACUUCCAAGCAGCUGCAUCAAUUCCUGACACAGUGGAUAAACUUGAAGCUUUGAUCCUAUUAUGGGCAAGACAAAUUGAGCAAGUUUUAACAGAGAGUGAACAGAUGAGGAAAGAAGCUGACGAUAUAGGGCCAACUGCAGAACUAGAUCAUUGGAAGCAACGUAUGGCUAAGUUCAACAGCCUGCUUGAACAGAUUAAGAGCGCGCAUUGCAAGGCUGUUGUUGGCGUCCUUCAUGUGGCUAAGUCGAAGGCUUUGAAGCACUGGAAAGAGCUGGAUUGUCGAAUAACUGAUGCAGCCAAUGAAGCUAAAGAUAACGUCAAGUAUCUUUACACUCUAGACAAAUUCUUUGGACCACUGGUAAAAUGUGAUCCAACAACAAUGGUUGAACACAUCCCAAGUCUGAUGAAUGCCAUCCGCAUGAUCCAUAGCAUCUCCAGAUACUACAACACAUCAGAGAGGAUGACAUCACUCUUUGUCAAAGUUACCAACCAGAUGAUCAACACUUGCAAAGGUUACAUCAACCAAGGUGUCAGCAGAAUAUGGGAUCAUGAAAGACCAGAACUAUUAAAGCGUCUGAACGCUUGUAUCUACUUGAAUGAAAUGUACCAGCAAUGCUUCCAUCGUACCAAGGAUAAGUUGAAGGAGACCCCAGAGGAACGGCAGUUUGAAUUCAGUGAGAACUACAUCUUUGGCAAGUUUGACACUUUCUGUAAACGACUUGAACGAAUCGCCGACAUGGUGAACACCAUUGAGAACCUGAGCGGCCUUGCUGAUGUACGUGUUGAGGGAAUUGAAUCAAUCUUCAUUCGUUUCCAAGGCAUUGUCGCAACAUACAAGAAAAAAGGUUAUGAUGUCCUCGAUCACAGGAAGGGUGAUUUUGAUAUUGAUUAUCUAGAGUUCAGAGUUCAAAUUGAGAGUGUGUAUACACAUCUUCAAAAUUUUCUGGAUUCUUGGUUCGACAGAAGUUUGACUACUGAGAAAGCUCUUGAUUUGUUGAGCAAAUUUGAACGUAUAAAUGCAUCAGAUCAUCUGAACUUGAAUGAGAAGUACAUGCGCGUAUUGUCAAGCUAUGGACGCGACUUAGAAUCCGUCCGCAAGUUGUAUCAGAAAGGCAAAGAUGAGCCUACCAUUCCCCGCAAUGUGCCUCCAGUCGCUGGCAAGAUCACAUGGGCUCGACAGCUAUAUCGAAGGGUAGACUUACCCAUGAAGGCUUUUAAGAAAAAGCCUGAUAUUUUAAGGACCUCUGAAGCAAAAAGAAUUAUUCGCAAUUUCAACAAGAUGGCCGCAGUGCUUUUAGAAUAUGAGUUGUUGUAUCAUCGUGGUUGGUUCAGAGCUGUUGAUGCUGUCAAGUCUGGUCUCCAAUCAUCUCUGCUUAUACGUCAUCCAGAGACAAAGCAGUUGUUUGUAAACUUUGACCCACAAGUGCUUGAGCUGAUUGCAGAGACCAAACACUUGGUAAAGAUGAACCUUGAGGUACCAGAAGCUGCAUAUGAACUUGUCAUGAGGGAGGAAGAAAUCAAAGCGCAUUUCAACAUGUUGACAGAUGUUAUUAAAGAGUAUGAAGGCACCAAGGCUCAGAUUCCAGCAGUACUCCAACCACUGAUGCAUCCUUACUGCAAACGCAUUGAAGACGCCCUUGAACCUGGACUCACCAGGCUCAAUUGGACUUCCCUCAGCAUUGACCAAUAUUCUGUGCAUAUUCAUGAGGAGUUGACAUUUAUGAAACGCCUGGUGAAACAAGUUACAGAUCUUCUGGAAUGCCGUAUUGAUGCCGUGCUCAAAGAAAUGGCAUGUACCGCCCUCUGUUACCUACCUGAUGAACCAAUCACCAUCCAGGAAUUCCUUGCACAGACAGAGCAGACUUGUAAUGAAUCCUGCAAAACACUUACAAGACAAAGUGGUGCAGUUGAGCGUGCCGUACAGGAGCUUGUGGACACUUUGAAGAACAGCCUGCAAGAGAGUGAACUCACAAACCUCUACGAGAACUAUGCAUGCAUGCAACCUGACUCCCGUAACAAGAAACAGCGUUGCAUGGAGUGUCUGCCUUGUAGUUACCAUGCAAUGUUGGCCAGCUUUGCUCAAAGAAACACCGAUGCUCUCAUCAAGUGUACGCGAUUGUCUCUAGAUGCAAUCAAACGUAGAAUGCAGACAUCAACGAGCAAGUACACACGUACCUUAUCUGACAAAGAUGAAGAGAAUAAGAUUCCUCUGUUUAAGUCCGAUAUUGUUCUUGCGAUUCCAACUGUGGUGAUGCGUCCCAGUUUAGACGAUGCUCAGCAGAUAAUGAACAAGGCAGUACAUGUGAUACUUAGGAUGGCACAGAAUAUACCCCAGUGGGAGCAGACACUGAUCAACCAGAGAUCUGCACUUAAGGAAAUUGAAGAAGCAAACAAGGAUGAAAAAGAAGAUUCUAAAGUUGCUCUUUUGAACAUGACUCAGAAACCGCUAUAUAAGGUUAUUUCAGAGCACAAAGAUGUCAUCAAAGUAGUAAUCACUCUCAAUUCCAUCACAAGUACAUUCAAAACAGAAUGCAUUGAGGUUCUUGAAAGUUACGCACGAUUCUCAGAAUUGUGGAAUGAGGAUCCCGAAGAAAAGGUGAAACAAUUCAUGGAAGCAAAGCCUCUGCUCUCCGAAAUUGAGGCUCAAAUACGUUACUAUCGAAAUCUACAAGCCACGGUAGAAGAACUUCCAGGCACACGUAAAGUUGGAGCAAUCGUCUGCGUGACAGAUAAAUUACUUGAUGCCCUCACUGCAGAGGCUAGAGCGUGGAAGAAUGCCUUUGGGCGUGCUCUGAAUGCCAAAGCAAGCACAGACAUGAUGGAGAUCUUUGAUUUCAUUGAUAAUCUCCAGAAGAGGCUGUCGCGGCCAAUCCAAGACCUCGAUGACGUGCGUGCAGCAAUGGAUUCACUGUCAAUAAUACGUGAAUCGGAGGUUAGAAUCGACAUGACUAUUGGACCUAUUGAAGAGUCGUAUGCGUUGCUUAAUAAAUUUGAAUUGCACUUUAACGAUGGCAAUGCGGAGAAGGUUGAUAGCUUGACAUAUGCUUGGCAAAAGCUUGUUGCGCAGGCUUUGCAAGUUCAAUCUCAUCUUUUGGUAAUUCAACCAAAAUUCAAGGCCAACCUGCUAGAUGGCGUUGCGCAAUACCAGGAGAAGGUGAAGGAAUUCUAUUCAGACUAUGACACCUCAUAUCCUUUGUUUAUUACAAGAGGAGAACUGAUGCUGAAAGGAGAUGCCACUGGAGAGACCAUCUCACUGAUGGAAGACAGUCUUAUGGUUCUCGGUUCCCUCAUGAGUAACAGGUACAAUGCUCCAUUCAAGCCUGAUAUUCAAAAGUGGGUUCAGAAAUUGUCCAACACAACAGAAAUCAUUGAGAAUUGGAUGCAGGUGCAGAACCUAUGGGUUUACCUUGAAGCUGUGUUUGUUGGAGGUGACAUUGCUAAACAAUUGCCACAGGAAGCCAAGCGGUUCAGCAAUAUUGAUAAAUCCUGGGUGAAGAUUAUGCAGAAGGCCCACGAGAACACAAAUGUAGUGCAGUGUUGCGUUGGUGAUGACACAAUGAACCAACUUCUACCGCAUCUUCUGGAGCAGCUGGAGAUCUGUCAGAAAUCAUUGACAGGAUACUUGGAGAAGAAACGAUUGGUCUUCCCAAGAUUCUUCUUUGUAUCCGACCCAGCACUGUUGGAGAUACUUGGACAAGCUUCAGAUUCUCAUACAAUCCAGGCUCAUCUCGAAGGGUUGUUUGAUAAUGUGAAGACAGUGGAUUUCCAUGAGAAAAAUUAUGAUCAGAUUCUUGCAAUAGGUUCUCGAGAAAAGGAGAAAAUUGAUCUCGAUGCCCCAGUCAAUGCCCAGGGUAAUGUAGAGAUUUGGCUUGGGGAACUUCUAAAGACAAUCCGUCACUCUAUUCAUGGAAUCAUUAGAACUGCGUAUAUAGCAAUUCAGGAUAAAGAGAAUUUUAAGUUAAUAGAAUUUGAGAACACAUAUGCAGCGCAAAUUGGAUUGCUUGGAAUUCAAAUGUUGUGGACAAGAGAUAGUGAGGAAGCAUUGAAGAAUGCUAGGUCAGAUAAAAAGAUAAUGGGAACGACCAAUCAAUACUUCUUGGAUAUCCUGAACACGCUCAUUGAUGUUACAACACAAGAUCUCACCAAGUAUGAAAGGACCAAAUUUGAGACUCUGGUUACAAUACAUGUACAUCAGCGUGAUAUCUUUGAUGAUCUGGUAAGAAUGCAUGUCAAAUCGAUAAAUGAUUUUGAGUGGUUGAAGCAGUCUCGAUUCUACUUCAAUGAUGACACUGAUCAGUGCCUCAUCUCAGUGACAGAUGUUGAUUUCAGCUACAUGAACGAACCGGUUGGAUGCACUGACCGUCUCGUCAUUACUCCACUUACUGACAGGUGUUACAUCACAUUAGCACAGGCUUUGGGAAUGAGCAUGGGAGGAGCACCAGCAGGGCCUGCAGGUACAGGCAAGACAGAGACCACCAAAGACAUGGGAAAAGCCCUUGGCAAAUAUGUAGUUGUCUUCAACUGCUCUGACCAGAUGGACUUCCGUGGCUUAGGAAGGAUAUAUAAAGGACUUGCACAAUCUGGUAGCUGGGGCUGCUUCGAUGAGUUCAACCGCAUUGAACUUCCGGUCUUAUCAGUGGCUGCUCAGCAAAUUGCUAUUGUACUGACAUGCAAGAAAGAACGUAAACCAACAUUCAUAUUUACCGAUGGGGACGUUGUCAGUAUGGAUCCAGAAUUCGCCAUAUUUUUGACAAUGAAUCCUGGUUAUGCUGGAAGACAGGAGCUACCGGAGAACCUUAAAAUCCAAUUCCGUACAGUAGCCAUGAUGGUUCCUGACAGACAGAUCAUUAUUCGUGUCAAACUGGCAAGCUGUGGUUUCCAGGGCAAUGUUUUGCUUGCCAGGAAGUUUUACACAUUGUAUAAACUUUGUGAAGAGCAGCUGACGAAGCAAGUGCAUUACGACUUCGGUUUGAGGAACAUUCUGUCGGUGCUGAGGACGCUCGGCGCAGUCAAACGUUCAAGUCCAAAUGACAGCGAAUCAAUGAUUGUGAUGAGAGUUCUACGCGACAUGAACCUCUCAAAAUUGGUUGAUGAAGAUGAGCCACUUUUCCUGUCGUUGAUUGAUGAUUUGUUCCCUGGAAUGCAGUUAGACAAAGCUGGCUACCCAGAUAUCGAAGCUGCUAUUGAAAAACAGGUAAAUGAUGCUGGCCUUGUCUUCCAUCCCCCAUGGGUACUGAAAUUGAUUCAACUUUUUGAAACUCAGAGAGUUCGACACGGAAUGAUGACAUUGGGACCCAGUGGUGCUGGAAAGACUAAGUGUAUUGGCAUCUUGAUGAAAGCGAUGGGAGACUGUGGGUCACCACAUCGUGAGAUGCGCAUGAACCCUAAGGCCAUUACAGCUCCGCAGAUGUUUGGCCGUUUAGAUGUGGCAACCAAUGACUGGACAGAUGGCAUAUUCUCAACAUUAUGGCGCAAAACUCUCAAAGCUAAGAAGAAUGAGAGCAUCUGGCUUGUCCUAGAUGGUCCUGUUGAUGCCAUCUGGAUCGAGAAUCUAAACAGUGUGCUGGAUGACAACAAGACGUUAACUCUUGCCAAUGGAGAUCGUAUUCCUAUGUCGCCGAAUUGCAAGAUUAUUUUCGAGCCUCAUAACAUUGACAACGCAUCGCCAGCGACAGUUUCAAGGAACGGAAUGGUGUACAUGAGUUCGUCUAUUAUGGACUGGAAUCCAAUUGUUCAGGGUUGGAUAAAUUCACGACCAGUUGCUCAACAAAGUGUUCUGUUCACGUUGUAUGAGCAGAAUUACAAAAACAUACUGACAUACUCAAAGCAGUACCUAAAUCCUCGAAUGGAUCUACUGGAAUGCAUGUACACUCGGCAGACGAUUGACCUCCUGGACGGUCUGAUUCCACCGGAGGACAGCCCAAACCAACCAACAGCUGAGCAUCUGGAGAGGCUCUUCAUCUUUGCUGUGAUGUGGUCAGUGGGAGCAUUACUGGAACUGGAUGAUAGAAAAAAGUUGGAGGGUUAUAUGAAGUCAGACUGCACUCUAGAUUUGCCUAAAAUUGAUGACAGCAGUCAGGAUACGAUCUUUGAGUAUGUUGUGAAUGACCAAGGCAAAUGGGAACACUGGUCAUCCAGGGUGCCACAGUACAUAUAUCCUUCGGACAGUACUCCAGAGUAUUCUUCCAUCUUGGUUCCGAAUGUCGAUAACAUUCGUACGGAUUUCCUCAUCAAUACUAUCGCAAAACAAGAGAAAGGCGUUUUACUGAUUGGUGAGCAGGGUACAGCGAAGACUGUCAUGAUCAAAGGAUACUGCAAUAACUACGACCCAGAGCAACAUUUGGCAAAGAGCGUCAACUUCUCUUCUGCCACGACACCAAACAUGUUCCAGCGUACUGUUGAGAGCUAUGUAGACAAACGUGUUGGUACAACAUAUGGACCUCCCGCUGGGAAGAAGAUGACAGUAUUUAUUGACGAUAUCAACAUGCCAGUCAUCAAUGAAUGGGGAGAUCAGAUCACCAAUGAAAUUGUGAGACAAGUGAUGGAAAACAAAGGGUUUUACAACUUGGAAAAACCUGGUGAUUUUACGAACAUUGUGGACAUUCAGUAUAUUGCUGCCAUGAUCCAGCCAGGUGGUGGACGUAACGAUAUCCCGCAACGUCUUAAGCGGCAGUUCAAUGUCUUUAACUCCACGCUGCCCUCCAACCAGUCCAUUGAUAAGAUUUUUUCCACCGUGGGGACUGGGCAUUAUUGUAAGGAAAGAGGUUUCUGUGAUGAAGUCAUUGAUCUUGCUGAGAUGCUAGUCUCAUGCACCAGACGUUUGUGGCAGAGCACAAAAGUGAAAAUGUUACCAACGCCAGCUAAAUUUCAUUACAUUUUCAACUUAAGAGAUCUUUCUAGAAUAUGGCAGGGUAUGUUGAACACAAUCAGUGAAGUGAUUUGCAACCAGUCAGUUCUACUGGCAUUGUGGAGACAUGAAUGCAACAGGGUAAUAGCUGAUCGAUUCACCAACCAAGAAGAUAAGAAUUGGUUUGAUGCACAACUGAAAAAGGUGGCUGAAGCAGACCUUGGAACGGCAUUGGCAGAGCAAAUUCCAGCUGAACCGUACUUCGUAGAUUUCCUACGUGAUGCUCCAGAAAUAACAGGUGACGAGCCAGAUGAUGCUGAUUUAGAUGCACCCAAGAUAUACGAGCCUAUUGAAAAUUUUCAACAAUUAAGUGAAAGACUAAUUGGUUUCAUGGCUCAGUAUAAUGAAACCGUCAGAGGUGGCAAAAUGGAUCUGGUAUUCUUUAAGGAUGCUAUGGUGCAUUUGGUUAAGAUAUCUAGAAUCAUCCGUACGCCACGUGGUAAUGCGCUGUUGGUAGGUGUUGGUGGAUCCGGUAAGCAGAGCUUGACAAGACUAGCAUCAUUCAUUGCUGGAUAUAAGAGUUUCCAGAUAACACUGACAAGAUCUUACAAUGUAUCCAACUUGAUGGAAGAUUUAAAGCAUCUGUAUCGUACAGCAGGUCAACAGGGACAAGGCAUCACAUUUAUCUUUACCGACAAUGAGAUUAAAGAUGAAGGAUUCCUUGAGUACAUGAAUAAUGUACUGGCAUCAGGGGAGGUGUCAAAUUUGUUCGCACGUGAUGAAAUUGAUGAGAUUACAGGUGAAUUGAUUCCAGUAAUGAAGAAGGAGUUUCCAAGACGACCGCCAACCAAUGAAAAUCUCUAUGAGUAUUUCCUUUCCAGAGUUCGAUCCAAUCUUCAUGUUGUUUUAUGUUUCUCACCUGUUGGGGAGAAAUUCCGUGGACGAUCCCUCAAGUUUCCUGGUCUUAUUUCUGGUUGUACGAUGGAUUGGUUUAGCCGUUGGCCGAAAGACGCCCUCAUUGCAGUAUCUCAGCAUUUCCUGUCAAAUUUUGAAAUUGUUUGCACAGACACUGUCAAGAAGAGUGUUGUUAAUACCAUGGGUGUUUUCCAGGACUUGGUGGCCGAAUCAUGCAUAGAUUACUUCCAGCGUUUCCGUCGACAGACGCACGUCACUCCAAAAUCAUACCUAUCCUUCAUUGAUAGUUUCACUCAAGUGUACGCUGAAAAACGCGAAGCUAUAGGCAUACUUGCAGACAGGAUGCAAACUGGUCUUGCUAAAUUGGUUGAAGCAACGCACUCUGUGAACGAACUUAGCAAAGAGCUGGCAGUCAAGGAGAAAGAGCUUGCUGUUGCAUCCAAGAAGGCUGAUGCUGUAUUGGCCGAGGUGACCGUUAGUGCUCAGGCUGCUGAGAAGGUGAAGGCACAAGUACAGAAAGUGAAAGACAAGGCUCAGGUUAUUGUGGAUGAAAUUGAGGCCGACAAAGCAGUUGCUACAGAAAAACUUGAGGCAGCCAAGCCAGCUUUAGAGGAGGCUGAAGCAGCCCUGAACACCAUCAAGCCUAGCCACAUAUCAACAGUGCGUAAGUUAGCCAAGCCACCGCAUCUCAUCAUGAGAAUUAUGGACUGUGUGCUGAUAUUGUUCCAGCGUAAGAUGGAUCCUCCUUCCUUGGAUCCAGAGAAACCAUCAAUGAAGCCAUCUUGGGCAGAGGCAUUGAAACUGUUGGGAGGCAGCAACUUCUUGCAAGGACUCCUGACCUUUCCAAAGGAUACUAUAAAUGAAGAAACAGUUGAAUUGUUAGCAGCCUAUAUGGAUUCAGACGACUACAACAUGGAGAGUGCCAAGAAGUCUUGUGGAGAUGUUGCUGGUUUGUGUUCCUGGACUAAGGCUAUGGCUUUCUUCUAUGGUAUCAAUAAACAAGUACUGCCACUAAAAGCAAAUCUUGUCCUUCAAGAAGCACGUCUUGGAACAGCCAUGGUUACCUUGCAAGAAGCUCAGAGUCAACUGGAUGAGAAACAGAAGGAAUUGGAUCUUGUGCAGGCACAGUACGACAGUGCCAUUUCAGAAAAACAGGCUCUGCUGGAUGAUGCGGAGAGCUGUCGUAGGAAGAUGGACAAUGCUACAGCUCUCAUUGAAGGCCUUGGAGGUGAGAAGGUGCGAUGGACAGAGGCUAGCAAACAAUUUGAGGAACAAAUCAACAGACUGGUAGGAGAUGUCCUUUUGGCAACUGGGUUCUUGUCAUACUCCGGACCGUUCAACCAGGAGUUCCGUGAAUUGCUUCUGAAAAAUUGGAAAAAAGAGAUGAACAUAAAUAAAAUUCCAUACAGCGAUGACUUGAAUAUCAGUGGAAUGCUAACUGAUGCUGCAACUAUUGGAGAAUGGAACUUACAAGGGUUACCAAACGACGAGCUCUCCAUUCAAAACGGCAUCAUUGUAACCAAGGCAACACGAUUCCCUCUAUUGAUAGAUCCACAGGGUCAGGGCAAAAACUGGAUUCGUAAUCGUGAGAAAGAGAACCAGCUGCAGGUCACAGCUUUGAACCACAAAUAUUUCCGUACUCAUCUUGAAGACAGUUUGUCAUUAGGGCGCCCUCUGAUGAUUGAAGAUGUUGCAGAAGAGUUAGAUCCUGCUCUGGAUAAUGUACUUGAGAAAAACUUCAUCAAGUCUGGAAGUACAUUUAAGGUAAAAGUUGGCGACAAGGAGGUUGAUGUUAUGAAAGGCUUCUGCUUGUACAUAACAACCAAGCUAGCAAAUCCAGCUUACACUCCUGAGGUCAGUGCCAGAACCUCCAUUAUCGAUUUCACUGUAACCAUUAAGGGGUUGGAAGACCAAUUGCUUGGCAUUGUCAUCUUGACCGAGAAGAAUGAACUUGAGGCAGAAAGGGUCAAGCUCAUGGAAGAGGUUACCGCCAACAAGAGAAAAAUGCAAGAACUUGAAGAUAACCUGCUGUACAGACUGACAAGUACCAAGGGCUCGCUGGUUGAAGAUGAGUCUCUGAUUGAGGUUCUUAAAGUCACUAAAUCAACAGCAGAAGACGUCAGUGAGAAACUAACGAUUGCUGCAGAGACAGAGAUUCGCAUCAACACAGCGAGAGAAGAGUUUAGACCUGUUGCUACCAGGGGAAGUAUCCUGUAUUUCUUGAUUGUUGAGAUGAGUAUGGUGAACGUGAUGUACCAGACAUCGCUCAAACAGUUCCUUGGAAUAUUUGACUUAUCCAUGGCUAGGUCAAAUAAAAGCCCCAUAACCAGCAAACGUAUUCAUAACAUCAUUGAGUAUCUGACAUAUGAAGCCUUUCAGUACACUGCCAGAGGUUUAUAUGAGAACCAUAAGUUCCUAUUUACACUGCUGCUUGCCCUCAAGAUUGACCUCCAAGGAAAGAAGAUCAAGCACGAGGAAUUCCAAACUCUCAUCAAAGGUGGCGCUGCUCUGGAUUUGAAUGCUGUAGAUCCUAAACCGAAGAAGUGGAUAUCAGACAUGACGUGGCUGAAUCUGGUCCAACUUUGUAAACUACCGCAGUUCUCACAGAUCCUUGGCCAGAUAGGUCGCAACGACAAAGGUUGGAAGCAGUGGUUUGAUGAAGAUGCACCAGAAGAGGCUGUAAUUCCCGACGGAUACUCUGCAUCCCUUGAUGUCUUCCGUAAGCUGUUGCUGGUGAGAUCGUGGUGUCCGGAUCGCACCAUUCCUCAGGCCAGACAUUAUAUCGCUGAUUCCAUUGGCGUUAAGUUUGCCGAAGGUGUUAUCCUAAACAUGGAGGAGAUGCGAAAUGAGAGUACGAAGCGAGUACCCUUGAUAUGCUUCCUAUCGAUGGGAUCUGAUCCUACAGAAAAUAUUGAGAAACUUGCCAAGAAGAUGGGAGUCAAAUGUUCGGCCAUCAGUAUGGGUCAAGGGCAGGAAGUUCAUGCAAGGCGUCUGAUCUCUGGAUUCAUGCAAGACGGAGGCUGGGCGCUACUCCAGAACUGCCAUCUUGGCUUAGACUUCAUGGACGAGCUACUCGAUACUGUCUUGAAUACAGAAUCUGUCCACGAUGGAUUCAGAAUCUGGCUAACGACAGAAGUACAUCCCAAAUUCCCCAUCAACCUCUUACAAUGCUCCAUCAAGUUCACCAACGAACCUCCACAAGGCAUCAAGGCCGGCAUCAAACGGACAUACGCCGGCAUCACGCAGGAGCAGCUGGAUAUUUCUAGCAUGCCUCAGUGGCGUCCUAUUUUGUACGCUGUUGCCUUUUUGCAUACCAUUGUGCAGGAGAGACGCAAGUUUGGACCACUGGGCUGGAACAUUCCUUAUGAGUUCAAUCAGGCUGACUUCACUGCUAGUGUUCAGUUCGUCAACAACCACUUAGACGAUAUGGACCCUAAAAAGGGUGUAUCAUGGAAUACAGUUCGCUACAUGCUCGGUGAAGUCCAGUACGGUGGCCGUGUAACUGACGACUUUGACAAACGUCUCCUGAACACCUAUGCUCGUGUCUGGUUUUCAGAGGAUAUGUUUAGUGACAAGUUCAAAUUUUACAAAGGUUACACAAUUCCAAAGUGUCGCAAUGUAGAUGAAUACCGGGGUGCAAUUGAAAACAUCCCAUUGGUUGAUACUCCAGAAGCCUUCGGUCUUCAUCCCAAUGCUGACAUCACAUAUCAGACCAAUAUGGCCACUGAAGUUCUUGACACCAUUGUGAACAUCCAACCUAAAGACAGUGCUGGAGGUGGUGGGGAAACCCGUGAGGCAGCAGUCUAUAGGCUAGCCAAUGAGAUGUUGGAGAAGCUUCCCGAGGACUAUAAAAUGUUUGAGGUGAGAGGUCGUCUACAAAAAAUGGGACACCUCCAACCAUUGAACAUUUUCCUGCGACAAGAAAUUGAUCGAAUGCAGCGGGUCAUAUCGGCAGUACGUAUUACACUUAGCGACCUGAAACUGGCUAUUGACGGUACAAUUAUUAUGAGUGAGAAUCUGCGUGACGCUCUUGAUAACAUGUACGAUGCCCGAGUGCCGGCUCUGUGGAGGAAAAUCUCUUGGGAUUCCACUACGCUGGGUUUCUGGUUCACGGAAUUAAUAGAGAGGAAUCUGCAGUUCUCCAGCUGGAUAUUUGAGGGACGUCCGAAUGUGUUCUGGAUGACCGGAUUUUUCAAUCCUCAAGGAUUUCUGACGGCAAUGAGGCAGGAGAUUACAAGAGCUCAUAAAGGCUGGGCCCUGGACAGCGUUGUGCUUCAUAAUGAUAUGACACGAUUUUCAAAAGAAGAUAUUUCUUCACCUCCCAAUGAAGGUGUUUAUGUUCAUGGCUUAUUCCUCGAUGGUGCUGGAUGGGACCGAAGAAACUGCAAGCUUGUUGAGCCUCAGCCGAAAGUGUUGUUCACGCCCCUACCCGUGGCUCAUGUCUACGCCAUCAAUCAGGUUGGGGGAAAGGACCCAAGGUUGUACGAAUGCCCUGUGUACAAGAAACCGCAGAGAACCGAUCUGACUUACAUCUUUCCACUGUAUCUGAAGACCGUCCAGCAUCCGGAUCACUGGAUCUUGAGAGGUGUUGCACUCUUGUGCGACACCAAAUAGAGUUUAUCUUCAGUCUGUUGCUAAAAAUAACAAUAUUGUUUUCGUUUUUUGGAGUGAAUUUUGUUUAUUUGAUAACAAUGCUAUUAUUAGUAUUAUUGUUGUUAAACUUCAAUUUGUGUUAUUAUAUUAUUAUUUCAUACAAACUGAAAUAAGGGAAUUUGUGAGUAUUGUCUUCCUUUGUUGUUCCCAUACAAAUUCCAUCUUGAAUUCAUGCCCUCCAAACAUGUUUUUUAAUUUUCUUUACCUCAGUCUUGUAGGACAGUCUACCACGGUUCGAAUCGUCAUUAGGUAGUUUACGCCGGACGACGUUAACAUUAAUUUAACGCUAGUACACAACACGCAGCGCGAUGGCCCCGCCCUUUUUAAUAAUAAUUAAUAAUGACUUUAUUAAAUACAAUUAUCUUUAAUGUUUAUUAUUAUUACUGCAUUAUUAUUAGUACAGUAUUUUCAUUGCCAUGGAUUUUGGUAUUCCAAUGAAAUUGAUGCUAGGGUUAUUUAUUGUCUUCCCUUUUAAUAUUUAUUUUUAUAUUUAAUGGUAUUGAUACUAUGCAUCCUUCCCAUUACACAGCAUUAUAUAUUUUAUUGAAUGAUUUUAUUUUUUUUUUAUAUAUAUUGUUGAUAUUUUUGUAACAUACUGCUUAACACCAAAACUUCAAUAGGUGCUUUAUUUUAUGUUAUGAGUGUUUCUUUAAAGAAUAUAGAAAAUAAUUACUUAUAGCAGAUUGAACACAAUUUCAUAUGUUUAAUUCCCUCCUCUACAGUAUAACAGCUUACUUCCAUCCACUGAUGCCAGUCACACCAAAGAGUCUUAUGUAGAAACCAAAUAUAUAUGCUUUAUUAAUUCACAUUAACACAUUAUUUAAUUAUAAUAUGUGUGCUUAAAAAUGCUUUAGUUCUCUUGUUUACAACUUUAUUAGUUUUCCUGUGAAAACAAUUGUUUCUGUUGUACUUGUUUCCCUAUGAUUUUGCACAAGGUUUUUCUACCCUCUAAUUUGGUCAUUUUUUUGUGUUUGGAUCGUCUUCAAAAUUGGUGCAAGCAAAGAAUGGUAUAACAAAGAUUUUAUUCUACAUAUUUUUGAUAUUAAUAAACUGGUGACUAAACUGUCAUGUUAAACGCAAUUGUAACGCAAUUUGUGUUUACGUAUACUGUACCAAGCGUUUCAAACUAGUUAAGUUUGGUUCAACAUAAAAUUACCAUGACCUCAGCCUAUAAAGUUUAUGCAAGGUAGAUAGACUGAAAAUCCACUAGUUUUCACAGGUCAGAGGUUCUACUCUACAACGAUUAGAACCACUUCGCCUUUACCAGUACCAUUGCGGCCCUGGUUCCAGUCUAGCAUCAAAUAAUUUCUUUUAUGUUUUACUUCACAAUUUCAAACAUUUAUUUCCAUUAUUUUAAUGAGGAAAGUCCCAUAUUCUGUUUUACAGACAGAUAUAGAACAUGGGGUUAUUAUUAUUUAUUUAUUUAUUUAUUAUUAUAACAGUAUUAUUGCUAUUAAUGUCCUGUAUAAUUAUUUUAUUAUUAUCAUUAUAAUUGUUAUUACAAUUAUGAUUUCUCGUUAAACUAAGAAAUUAUAAGGUUUCAGACUACUAUAAUGUGCUUGUUUGAAUACAUUAUACUUCUUUUCAACAUCUAUUUUAUUUCCUUAAAUUUACGUUUCGAGAUUAACAGGUUUUAAGUUUGGAGAGGUUUAUUUGCGCAAUACCUUUAGAUAAGCAGACUUUAUUCAGCAUUUGGUUCCAGCACAAAGUUCAUAUUUUACUAAAUAAUUCAAUUAUUUUUAUACCAAAAUUAUUUUUAAUUUCCGAGAUCACUAUAUCAUAUUUUUUCCAAAUGUUUUGUGUAAACAAAACAUUGUUACAUUUUCAUCACCCAUUCAGGAUAGCACAAACCAAAUAAUAUGGUAGUUACUAAACAAAUAAGGCAUGUUAUAUCCUUUUACAUGUGGCAUAUACGAAAGUAAGUUAAUCGUUGUAUUGUAUAUUGUGUAUAUUUAUGAUAAGAAUGCCGUGCCAAAGUUACGCAAUGUUUAACAUAUCACUUUUUUUCACAGUAUGUCUCCUAUCUUAACUUCGCGUGUGUAUUGUUAUAUAUCGAUUAUUAUGAUCUUGAAAAAAGAUAUCUAUUAUAUAAAAAAAUAUAUAAGCCUUGACUGAUUGCUGUGCAGUAUUAUAAUAAAAUAUAUGUGUGCCGUAUAUUAUAUGUUUACAUAAGGUUAAUUAUAUAUAAAUUUUGUAGCAGGUUUCCACACACACAUUCUCAGCAGUGUAUUGUUAAUGUUAGCAGGCGACAAAGAGUUUACGAAUAAUAAUACAACAAUCAGUGCCAUGCGUUAGGUAUCAAAGACGAGUGGUCGCCUGUUAACACAAUCGGCGUACAACUGUUAAAAGCAUCAACUGAAAUGUACUUUUAUUUUGAACAUUAUAUUCCCCUGUGUUUAUCCCCGGUGAAUAUUUAGUAGUUGUGUAUAAAUAUCGAGUGUGAUUUCUGUCGCGAACGUCACCAGUGGCGGCGGAUGUUGAUUGGAUGACGUUCGUAACUGUGUAAACACCCACUGACCUACUAAACAUUCACCUAGGUCCUAGUUUGCAAUUUUGAACUUAAUAAUCAUGUGAUAUGUAAACUUGAAACGGUU